UCUGUCUUGUACUCUAGUUUGGUUGGUGUUUUUGUUCCGCUAGAAACUUAUAGUUCAUCCCUUACUGCACUGCAGUGUUUGAGUGAGAAAUGGAAGACUUUGAGGAGUCGAUGUCUGACUGCAGUGUGGAUUCUAAUGAGCUGCCACCAAUGCCGCCAUUAAUCAGGAUAAGAAGGAAUAUAUCUGGGGAUUCCUACGAGUAUGGUACACUAUCUGCUCAGACAUCUUCUGACUCGCCUAUCACAGGCAUUGAUCAACCUAUGCAGAAUGCCGCAGCAGAGGUAUUGCCCGACCUAGAUCCAGAGGACAAAAUCUCUCUCCACAAAGAAGAUAAUUCCGGGGCACCGCCUGCACCGCCUUUGACAAGAUCAACGAAGAAAGAAUGUAGUUCAGCAAGUUCUUUAGAUCAUGAUGCAUGUUGUGUAUCAUCCCUAAAUAAACGUGGACAAGUCUGGCACGAUGAAAAGAAGCACGCUUCGCCUGGAAAAUCUUUUGAAUUGGGACACGGAGACAACUCGCCGUCAAAAUACAGUGGUAAUGUCGACCCGGAACAGCCUGUGCAACUAGAGCUGAGAUCUACGGCGAAUACAUCUUCCUCCAGUUAUCCGUUUGAACACGGUAAUAGACUUUCUGAACCGUGGAAACAGGAGACAACCGAAGAAGGAGAUUCAAUCGACAUACAAGGAGUUCGCGGACAUGAUAUCAGACAUCAGUCAGUUGGGUCUCAGUGUACCGCUACGGUUCUAGAUCAAGGAAAACGUUCUAUGAGUAAAACGCUACAAAAGUGUCAAAAGUGUCCCAAACAGUUCAAGAGAGCAUUUGAUCUUCGUCGUCAUGACCGUGUUCAUACUGGAGAGCGACCAUUCAAGUGUGAUGUAUGCAGCAAACACUUCUCUCAGUCAAGCGAUCUAAAAGUUCACAAACGUAUUCACACCGGUGAGAAGCCUUUCGCGUGCAAGGUUUGUCAAGCAUCAUUCACGAGAUCAUCAUAUCUAAGUAACCAUGAACGUGUUCACACUGGAAAAAGGCCCUACAAGUGCGAGAAAUGUGAAGCAUCGUUCAAGCAAUCGUCACAUCUUCGUAGACAUGAACGUACAGGUAUUCAUACUGGGGAGAGGCAUCACAAGUGCAAGGUAUGUGGUGCGUCGUUCCGCCGGUUGUCAGCUCUACAUGCUCAUGAACGCGGCACGCAUUGAUUUGUUCAUAGAGGAGCACGGUAUGUGAAUCGUAUUUCUACAGACCAAGAAAUGGGCAAGAGCCAGAAGGUUUACACACAAGAAAAAAAGACAUUUUGGGGAAUAUUCAACUGGGUGAAUUCUUUCCCAAACCCAUAAAGAAGACAAACGUCAUACAUGCAGUUUGUGCAAACAUCAGUCUCGUACUCAAAUUUACUGUAUGGACAUGCGCUUCACAUACAGGUGUGAAAUCCAGCAGUAAGGUGGUUACUUUACCUGUAGAAACAUUUAAUCCACACGAACACAUUCAUAAGAAUGAUGAUGAUCGUUGUCCAUUUUUACUGAGUUGGCGUUAGCCAUGAACUUAAAAGUCUUUUCUCUGCCUAUAGCUGCAGGUCAUUUUAUAACCAGUCUCGUUGCUCAUAGAACAAAUUAUACUUGCAGGUUUGUUUGUUUUUGUUUUACGUCUCAUUACUGUCAACAACAUUGAACAAAUCAGCAAGGACUGCAAAAGUAGCCCAAGCGGCCCCAACAA